UUGUGUAUAAUGCAGUGAAUAAUAAUCAUAAAGAAAUUAUUUUGUGGAGAUCCAGUGUACGCCUCUCUAGAACAGAGUACUGUUAAGAUCAUCAAUAACUAUAGCAGGGCGUUAGGGUAAAAUCAAAUCAGGUCUUUGAGAUAAGAAAGCAAAAAACAGUUAGAGCAAAUUCGGGGUAGAAAAAGACUCUCGAGGAAAUCUUGAUACUUAAUCCAUUUCAGUGUUGUCCACUUCGUGAAUCAGGAACUAUAGGAAUUUGAAACAAAUGCCUGUUGCUGUUUAAAAUCUUAAAGAACUAUCCUUUGAAUAAGAUGUGUAAGCAACUAAGCAGAUUUUCUUGCUUUUAAAGUAAUACAGAGAAGUGUUUAACCCCUAUUGUAUUUCUACAAAGCCUAUGCUGAUCACAUAGUGAAGCUUGGGAGGUCCAAAGAGGAUGUGAUUGGCUAUUGAAAAACAGCCUGUUUUGUACAUCUUCCUGCACACAGUCUGGCAGCAGCAGAGUUCAGCAGCACAGAGAUUUAUCAGCAGGAUUACAAAGAGAGGAAGAGUUUUUAAACAACGUUUUGACUUUCUCUACUAAGAGGUGAAAAACAGGGCACAAGAACAGCCAUAAGAUCCAGUAGCUUCUUGUGCACCACCAGAUAAAGAAGAAAGCCAAGGUCAGGCAAAGAUACCUUAAACUAAGAUUGCGUAACUGCUUUCAAAAUUUCUGGAUCAUAAGAAGGAGAAGUUAAGCUUGUAUUAAUUCCAGUGGGAGUUUGUUAAUGGAUCUUGGAAAAAGAAUGGAGAAGAGCAGCAUCACUGCAAACAGAAUUUCAUUGGUUCUUUUUCUGUGCCAAAUUAUUACUGCAUUGGAUGUACCGCUUGAUCCAAAACUUCUUGAAGAAUUGCCACAGCCUCCAACAAUAACACAACAAUCUCCAAAAGAUUAUAUUGUUGAUCCAAGAGAGAAUAUUGUCAUACAGUGUGAAGCAAAAGGAAAGCCACCUCCUAGUUUCUCAUGGACACGUAAUGGAACUCAUUUUGACAUAGAUAAAGAUCCACGAGUGAGAAUGAAGAAACACUCAGGAACUCUUAUAAUAAAUAUUACAAAUGACGAAAAUGGAGGAAAAGCAGAAGAAUAUGAAGGAGUAUAUCAGUGCACAGCAAGGAAUGAGCUAGGAGCAGCAAUUUCCAAUAAUAUUGUUAUACGGUCAUCCAGGUCCCCUUUAUGGACUAAAGAUAAACUGGUUCCAAUAAAAGCAAUAGAAGGUGAAUUCAUAAUACUUCCCUGCAGGCCACCUGUUGGAUUACCACCACCUAUAAUAUUCUGGAUGGAUAACUCAUUUCAAAAGCUUCCUCAAAAUAUUAGAGUUUCCCAGAGCCUAAAUGGAGACCUUUAUUUUUCUAAUGUAAAACCAGAAGACACCCGUGAAGAUUAUAUAUGUUAUGCGAGAUUUAAUCACACGCAAACUAUACAACAGAAGCAACCAAUUUCUUUAAAAGUUGAACCAGUGGAUUCAUUGAAUGAAACUAUAUCUGCUAAUAUGAGUGACUCUGAUUUUUAUGGUGCCAGCAAAUACUCAGAAAGACCUCCAGGUCUCUUAACUCCCUCUGGAAACACAAGUAGCAAAAUAGAGCUAAGAGGAAACACCCUUAUGUUGGAAUGCAUUGCAAAAGGCUUACCGACACCACUUAUCCGAUGGAUUAAAGAAGGUGCUGAGCUUCCUGUCAACAGAACCUUUUUUGAAAAUUUUAACAAAACACUCAAAAUCAUAGAUAUUUCUGAAGCAGAUUCUGGAAACUAUAAAUGCAUAGCAAGAAAUCCAUUGGGUUCUGCUCACCAUGUUAUUACUGUCACUGUCAAAGCUGCACCAUAUUGGAUUAGAGAACCUACAAACCUUGUAUUAUCUCCUGGAGAAGAUGGUUCCUUGAUCUGCAUAGCUAAUGGCAAUCCAAAACCUAGCAUAAGCUGGUUGGCAAAUGGAGUUCCCAUUGCAAUUGCUCCUGAAGACCCUAGCAGAAAAGUGGAUGGUGAUACGAUUAUUUUCACUGAUGUGCAAGAAAGGUCCAGUGCUAUUUAUCAGUGUAAUGCUUCCAAUGAAUACGGGUAUCUGCUGGCAAAUGCAUUUGUUAAUGUUUUGGCUGAGCCACCAAGAAUUCUCACUCCUCGUAAUAAACUCUAUCAAGUCAUUGCAGAGAAACCUGCGCUGCUAGACUGUGCUUUUUUUGGUUCACCUUUGCCUGAAAUUGAAUGGUUUAAAGGAGUGAAAGGUAGUAUUCUACAGGGAGAACCAUAUAUUUUCUAUAACAAUGGAACCUUGGAAAUUCCUGUAGCCCAGAAGGAUAACAGUGGCACAUACACCUGUGUAGCAAGAAAUAAACUAGGAAAGGUGCAAAAUGAAGUUCAGUUAGAAAUCAAGGAGCCAACAAUGAUUAUUAAGCAGCCUGAAUACAAAAUCAUACAAAGGACUGGGCAAGUUUCCUUUGAGUGUACAAUUAAAUAUGACCCCACUUUAGUAGCCACGAUUACAUGGUUAAAGGACAGUGCUGAAUUGCCAAAUGAUGAAAGGUUUAUUGUUGGUAAAUACAACUUGACCAUUAUGAAUGUAACUGAUAAGGAUGGUGGAACAUAUACUUGCAUAGCUAAUACUACUCUGGACAGCGUUUCUGCAAGUGCUGAGCUCACUGUUGUUGCUCCUCCAACAGUUCCACCUGUUGUUUACGAUCAUCCUGAUCCACCUUUUGAUUUGGAACUGACAGAUCAUCUAGAGAGAAGUGUUCAGCUCACAUGGAUCCCAGGCAAUGACAAUAACAGCCCUAUUACAAAAUAUGUCAUUGAAUAUGAAGAUGUCAUGCGUGAACCAGGGGUAUGGAACUACCAGACAGAUGUCCCUGGGACCCAAAAAAAUGUACAGUUAAAGCUGUCCCCAUAUGUUAACUAUUCAUUUCGUGUAAUAGCGGUCAAUGAGAUUGGAAGGAGCCAACCAAGUGAAGCCUCUGACCAAUACUUUACAAAACCUGCAAAGCCAGAUGAAAAUCCUAGUGGCAUUAAAGGGAUUGGAUCAGAACCAGAUAAUUUGGUGAUCAAGUGGGAGCCUUUGAAGCGUUUUCAGUCCAAUGGUCCAGGGCUUCGGUACCAAGUCAGUUGGCGACAGAAGGAUAGUGAUGAUGAAUGGACAUCUGUUACAGUGGCAAAUAUAUCUACAUAUAUUGUGUCUGGUACACCAACAUUUGUUCCUUAUGAGAUAAAAGUGCAAGCAUUAAAUGACCUGGGACAUGCACCAGAGCCUGCAACUGCAAUUGGACAUUCUGGAGAAGAUUUACCAAAGGUUGCUCCAGCCAAUUUGCAGGUGCAAGUUGUGAACAGCACAUUAGCAAAAGUACGAUGGGAUCCAGUUCCACCAAAGUCUGUCCGAGGGCAUCUUCAGGGCUACAGAAUUUACUAUUGGAAAGUGCAAAGUUUAUCUGAAAGAAGUCAACAUCAGGAUGAAAAAAAGAAUUUGGAUUUUAUUGGAAAUAAGACACAUGGAAUGUUGCCAGGACUGGAACCAUAUAGCUCAUAUAAACUGAAUGUUAGAGUGGUUAAUGGAAAAGGAGAAGGACCAGCAACCCCAGAUGAAACAUUUAAAACUCCCGAAGGAGUUCCCAGUGCACCUUCCUACUUGAAGAUUACGAAUCCAAAUCUGGACUCUCUCACUUUGGAAUGGGGCCCACCUUCUCGCCCAAAUGGUAUUCUGGUAGGAUAUAUUCUGAAGUAUCAGCCAAUCAAUAGCACUCAUGAAUUAGGCCGCUUGGAAGAGAUCAGCAUUCUAGCCAAUGAGACCAGCUUGAUACUAAGAAACUUAAAUUACAGUACACGAUAUAAGUUUUACUUCUAUGCACAAACUUCAAUUGGAUCUGGAAGUCAAAUAACAGAGGAGGCAGUGACAAUUAUGGAUGAAGGUAAGAUGGUGCACCCAGUGUACCCAAGGAUCAAAAAUGUUACGGUAUCAGCUGCUGAGACCUAUGCCAAUAUCAGUUGGGAAUAUGAGGGUCCAGUUCAUGAGAACACUUAUGUUGAAUAUGGUGUGGCAGGCAGCAAAGAAGAAUUGAAAAAAGAAAAUAUAAAUGCUUCCUGGAACUUCUUUGUGUUAAAGGGAUUAACACCAGGAACAUCAUAUAAAGUCCGGGUUGGUGCUGAGGGUCUUUCUGAUUUUAGGAGUUCAGAGGCUGUGUUUGAGACAGGUCCAGCAAAGGCAAGUCGGCAGGUUGACAUUGCUACUCAGGGAUGGUUCAUUGGUCUUAUGUGUGCAGUUGCUCUUCUCAUCUUGAUUUUGCUGAUAGUUUGUUUCAUAAGGAGAAAUAAGGGUGGAAAAUAUCCAGUGAAAGAAAAAGAAGAUGCUCAUGGUGAUCCAGAAAUACAGCCUAUGAAAGAAGAUGAUGGAACUCUUGGUGAAUACAGGUCCAUGUCACCGUGGACAAUAAAGAAAAUGGACAAAGGAAGAAAGAGAAAAUGUAGUGAUGUCACCAAAUUUCCUGAAGCAGACCCUGUCUUUACCAAAACAGUGUCUGUGUGGUCUGAGAGAACCAACUUAUCCAGAAGGUCAGGCGAUCAAUCCAUCAGCACCAGAUCAAAGACGUCUCAUAGGAGAGUCAGGCACUCUUCAGAGCACUCAAAAGUUAAGUCCAUAUCUCCUUCACUCUGUCGAAGGAAAAAGAUAUCAACUGAAAGGGAAUCUGAGGGUGUUUCUAGAUAUUGCACUCUGCAACAACAUAUAACAGAGCUGGAUGAUGGGUCAGAUUCUCAGGUAGGAGAGAAUUCCCCAUUUCAGCAAAGAUUCACCAAGGGCCCAUCUUCUCUACAACAGUGGUUCAACCACACAAUAGAUCUCAGCUCAGAUUCAGAAGACAACCACAGGUUCCAUAUCAAGAAGGUAAGACCUUCUGCUGCUGCUAUUGGUAGUAGUACUACUAAUUCCUCCAAAUCUGACAAAAGUUCAUUAACAAGGUCUAUCGUAUUACCUGACAUUACUGCCAGUUUGAGUGAUUAUGAUGCUGUGGCCAAGAAUACCGUGUCUUUUACCAUGCAGACCGGACAAUCUCCAGUAAUGAAUCCUGCGGGAACACACUCAACAGAUGCAGUAGUUUCACCUGAAAUAACUAGGCAACCUUCCCAAAUAACAGCAUCUGAAGUUACAGAAGUUUUGCCCAGGUGUAACAGGGACUUGGAAAAUGGGUCACCUCGUCAAGAUGGGGAAAUAUCCUAUGUUUCCUCAUUGGAAGAAAAUAGUGAGCCUGUACGUGGGUUUAAAAUGGAGCAUCAAAGUUAUUUAUUCAAGCAUAUUCAGAAGGAGCUGAGAUUAAAAUCUCACAAAUCUAAACAGCCUUCAGAAGAAGACAAAGCAGAAAAUUCCCUUCCUGUCCAUUCAUCUGUUCAAAAGCUAAUCCACAGAAUCUGGAAUAAACCCAAUGAAACAUACGUAGCUCCUGCAAUUCUACAUAAACUAUAUCCUGUUCCAGUGGAUAGAUCCUCUUUAUGGGAUACCUUGCCCAAGGUAGAUAUUGCUGUGAUCAAUGGGAAUGCUAAAUCAUGCCUUUCUGGUUUUGAGGGUCCAGUCCCCAAAGAUCCAAUUGAUAGAAAGAUUGAUGCUGUAAUCAAGAGAACAUUCAGCUUAGUUGCAGCCCAGCUUAGAGUCUCUCUCUAUUCUGCCUAUGCUUCUAGAGCUUUAUUAGCCUGGCUGGAAAAGGAGCAAGCAAAGAAGGGGAAAACAUUGAGUCCGUCUUCAAGCAAGUGGAGGACACAUAUUGCAAGAACUGCAGCUAAUUUCAUCCAUGAUGCAGCCCAAGAUUCUCUCAGACUCACAGUUAAAAACAUGGCAUGUCUCACAGUAGCCAGGAGAGCUAUCUGGCUACGUGGUUGGCCCUUAGACCUAGAUAUAAAAUAUCAGCUGUUAUCCUUACCAUACCGUGGUGGAACUUUAUUUGGAGAUUCAUUGAGGAAAGUUUUCAAGAAUUAUGUCCAACAGAAGAGAUUACCCCAUCAAUCGAAAUGUAAAAAAUACUAUCCAAGGUCUUCUCUUUCCUAUCCUUACCGCUUUUGCACAACAGGCUCUUCUUUUUAUUAUCCUCACCGCAGUCACACAAGAAGAUGUCAGUUACCCCCUAGGUUAAAAAGAGGAAAUUUUUUGCUGUCCUUACAUUUGAACAAUAUGAAAGGGUAUGGUGUUCAAAGAAAUCACAAAUCUAGCAAGAGGAGACUUCUCACUUCAUAGUUUUCACCAAGACCCAAAAUAGAACAUAUAUUCAUUGAUUUACAGUGGUGUCAGUGAUACUAUGGAUGUUACUCAUUAACAUCUAUCAAACUUUGUCUUAUUUUUAUAUACUAGGAUCAUUUUUAAAAUACUCUAAAAAUCUAAAAUGCUCUAAAAAUCAGAGAAAAUAAAAACUAGUUAUGCAAGAAGAAAUUCAGUUAUCCCCAAAAGGACUUAAUCCUAUUGACACCAAUGUAUCUAGUGGAAAAAUUAUUACUAAAGCUUGAAGUAUCCUAUGGCAUUACAUUUAUGAAUUAGGGAUUUUGAAAAGAAGCUCUUUAUUUUCCUUCAGAACCACUUGAUUUAUCAUAGUGAAGAUGCAGAAAAUACAUAUGAAAAGAAUAUCUGAAUACUAUUUGCAUAUAUUAGCGAUCAGGGUAAAUUAGAUGUUGAUUUCAUGAGUUUAAGAACCGUUUAAUCAUAGUAAAUUCUACUAUGUUGAAAGUAGUUUUUUUUUAAAGUUAGAUGUUCUGUGAUCUCCUCUCUGAAGUGAGAAACUAAGAAAAGGACUUAGUUUAUCUGUGCCUUUAGAUCUAUCAGCCCCAAAAUGGCUUCCACUUCCACAGCAAUUUCCACUAAUUUGUACUUACAGAAACAGAACUGGAAAAACAAUAUGCAUUUUGUCAGUUGAAUAUCUCUAACCAUGUUUUGAGUUUUUUCCAUGUGAUCUAUGGAAGAAUUUAGUAGUGUUGGCUGCUGAACUGCAUAAUAAGCACAAAACAAAACAAAAAAUGCUCCUCUACAUUUUGACUGAUUAUUGCAUCUGCCUGCCCCUGAAGUGAAAAGAUUAUUAGCAGGUAAUAAAAUGUAAUUGGGAAGAAAUGUCACUAGUGUAAAACAUUUUGAUGUAGUGUAUUUCAUUUAUUACACUGUGUUAUUUUCAAAUAUUCUUUCGCUUCAGUUUAGUUAUAUCCUUUACAGUUACCUUCUCACUUCAUUUCAUCUGUCAUUAUCAAGUUUGCUAUUUGUUUCACCAAACCUAUUUUUAAAAGUCUUUAUAAAAAGAAAUAGAGAAAUCCUACAUUUAAGCAGGAUAUACAACUAAAGUUUCCAUAAUACUACUUUAAAAUGUGUAUUUAGAUCAGAACAUUUGUCAUCUUAACUUACUAACAGUUUAAAAGCUUAUUAAAACUACUGUAGUUGUACACCUGCAAACAGCAGGUACCUGAUUGAAUUCAAUAUUGUGAUCCUCUCAUCUCACAAUGAAAUCCAUACAUUUUGAAAUCUGUUAUUUUCUUACUUGUUUUACCAGUCUUAGGGCUCUUCCAUAUGGCAAUUAGUAGUACUGGAACAACAUUGUCCCAAAUGCAAUUUUACUAUAUUUCUGCACACACCAGCAGACUUGCACUGUCCUCCUAGCCAGCACAAAUCCACCCUCUUUACAGGGUCCCAGCACAAAUUUCUCAGUGCCAUCUGCUGGCCAGUCUUGCUUAGUGUGAAGAACUCCCAUUCACCAGAAAAUAGUAAUGAGUUCUUCAUAGAAAGCAAGCUGUGCCCAACAAGUGAUACUGCAGAAAGCAUGCUAAGACCCUGCUCUGCAUCUGGACAGGGUCAUGCUUGGAAAACAGUGCUGUUCCUGCACUUCUUCUUACUAGAAGAGCUCUUAAUGUUAAUGACCAAGAUAAUAUGUGGUGUGGGGGGGUACUUUGUUCAGGGUUUGAAGGACAUUUUUUUUCCAACUUUACCUUAGUUUCAGAAAUUUUAAUAAGUACUCAUCAAUAAAGAAAAUCACUUAGAAAAUCUACAGGCUGCUGUAAAAAGCUUUGAAUAGCUUGUAAAAUCACUUGCAAGGCCAGAAGAGUGAACUUAUGGUAUUAUGUUAAAUUGUCUGCUGCUUAAAAUAUUUGGCAGGAUCCAGACUUAGUGAUGACUAAGUACAUUGACAUGAAUGAUACAGAACUACUCAUAACAAAUCCUGAUUGUUUCAAUGGAACUUAAUCAUAACUAAGCUAAUCUGGAUCCUGCUCUGUUUUUUGUUUUUGUUUUUAAAUUAUGGUAAACUAUUAAACAUUCCAAAUCUUUUAAUGCAGAGCUAUUUAUCUUUAACAGUUCCCAAUAAAGUAAUCCAUCCCCCUUCUUUAAUAUGUGCUCUAGCAACAAAUUAAGAAUUAUUUCAUUUUCAUUAAGUGUUCUGCCUAUAUCUUGUCCCAAGAUAUAUUUAAGAGACAUCUUCUCUGUGUUAUUUUCAAUACAUUUACAAAUACUAGAUUCUCUUAAUUUCUGAAGUUAGGGAAAUUUUGUGGAAUGAGGAUAUACCAUCUUGAGGUAGAGAACAGAAGAUUCAUGCAUUUAAUACAGACUGAUACUGGAAUCAGUAACAAAGAGUACAUGAGUCAACGUGUUUUGUGUGUCCUUCCUGCAAAAAUCCCAGUGUAGCCACAGUGAACUCUUUAAUUCAGUUAUUUGAUCCCUUCUGUGGAAUAUUUUGUUUUAUUUAACCACAGUAAGCAAAAUGAAUUUUCUUAUCAUAUCUGCAUGUAUUAUGUGGUUUUCCUAUUUCUGUCUGUCUUAGUAACGUCUGUGUCUUAAUAAAGUGUGCAGUUUUUGUAUCAAUCAUCUAUAAACUGAGUUAUAUAUUAGUUAGCAAUUCCAUAUAGGAUUUACCUGGGAUUCAGCAUGUGUAUAGUCUUUACCACCUGGGCACAAAGUUUGAAAGGACCAAAGGAUAAUUGCUUCUAAACAUAUGUAGAGUGCCUUUCUUUUGUGGGACUUAUUUUAAAGUCAGUUUCCAUACGAUUGCAGCUUAGAUUCGAUUCUUUACAUUACCUCAGCAGUGUGGAAACGACAGCAGCACAACUCCUUCCUGCACCCUCACAGCAGUGUUGGAAGUUGAGACCGUUUGCGGAGGGAGUCUUCUUGCAUGGUCUUGAGCUUCUCAUGCUAUCCUGGUGCACUGCAAUGCUACCCAGAUGGCAGCAGAAGCACUGGCACUGCUGCCAUCUCCAUGCCCUUGUGGUAGUAUAAGAAUCGUAGCUCUGCAAUUGAACCUUAACAUAAAUAAUGCACAUAGACAAGUAAGUUCCAAAGAAAACAGGUUACUUGUCAGUUGUGUACAUAAUAUAUUGUCCAUACAUACGUAUCUUUGACUUUCCUAUUUAGGGUGACCUAGAUGCAAAGGAAAAUAGGGUUGCUCCUUAGCCUUUUGAAAGCUCCCCUUCUAGUUAUGCAGAGGAGGGAACUUCAUCAGGAGCAGCUUUUCAUGUAGAUGUGCAGCAGGAUUCAUCUGCCAAAAUUCACUCUGUUACACCAUUCUUAAAGGAAUAAGACCCCUUUUCUCCUUUUCAUAUGGUCAUUUUAUCUGACAAAUUUAGUAAUCCAGUCCACUGAUCUUUCUUAUGCAACGUUUAUCUGGCCUUGGUACAAAGUGUAGAACCCCCUGGUUUACGCCUGUUCUCUUCCUAUCAAGAAAGCACUAUUUGCUUCUUUUUUAGUUUGACUGACACAAUAAGUGUUAGACCUUAUUGAACUGUAACAUCUGAUUUCUCUCUAGCCCCAACCCUAUUCCAGUUUUUCAACUUCCAUUAAUGCUGAAUUCAUUAUUCUGAGCUCAAAAAUCUUGAUAUGAACCUUUGCUAUAAAGUUAUACUGAUAUGAACGUAUUCCUUUUUAAUUGGGAAAGAGUUCCCUGGAUGAACAUUUGCUACAGUUCCCCAUGUCAACAUUAUUUUCGGUUUCUUUUUAAGGUGCAAAAAAGAAGGAACCCUAUUGCCAGAUUUGAUUUUUGCAUAUGCUGUAACUGUGCACUCACACCAGUGUCCACUUCCAUGCAGG